AUGGCCGGAGCGCAGGAGCCGCCCGCGGCUCUCUCGGACAUCCAGGUACGGGAACUCAGCAGGAGAUCCCAGCGGGAAAACUCGGGGGAAAGGAGCAGGGAAGCCCCGCCACAUGCAUCCACCGCCGCGGGGCUGCUGAGCCGCCCCCGGCCCCUCCGCUCCCCGGGAAGCGCCUUUGCCCGGCCAGGGGUGGCCGAGGGACACGGUCCGGCCGUGCCCAGGGUCCCACAUCCACCUCCCGUGGGGUUCGGGCCGGCCCCGCUCCCCCCGUGCCUCCCGCAGGUCCUGGUGCUGACCGGCGUCACCCUCCCGGCCGCGCUGCUCAGCCUCCUGGGCAGCGGAUCCGUCCUCGCUGUCACCUCCUGGCAGGGGCGCUGCUGCCACAUCCAGGUGAGUGUCACCGGCCCGUGGCAGUGUCACUGCUGCCACAUCCAGGUGAGUGCCACCGGCUUGUGGCAGUGUCACUGCUGCCACAUCCAGGUGAGUGCCAGCGGCUCCUGGCAAUGCUGCCACAUCCAGGUGAGUGCCACCGGCCUGUGGCAGUGUCACUGCUGCCACAUCCAGGUGAGUGCCACCGGCUCCUGGCAAUGCUGCCAUGUCCAGGUGAGUGCCACCGGCCUGUGGCAGUGUCACUGCUGCCACAUCCAGGUGAGUGCCACCGGCUCCUGGCAGUGCUGCCACAUCCAGGUGAGUGCCACCGGCCUGCGGCAGUGUCACUGCUGCCACAUCCAGGUGAGUGCCACCGGCUUGUGGCAGUGUCACAUCCGGGUGAGUGCCACCGGCCUGUGGCAGUGUCACAUCCAGGUGAGUGCCACCGGCCUGUGGCAGUGUCACUGCUGCCACAUCCAGGUGAGUGCCACCGGCCUGUGGCAGUGUCACUGCUGCCACAUCCAGGGAGGAGGAGGUAGCAGCAGGACGCCCCGGCCCCCGGGAGCUGCCGGGGGCUGCUGCCAGCGGAUCUAA